AACUAGACAAACUAGACUUUACAUCGUCAGUCAUUAGAAGCACUGGAUAGUUAAUUUUAUCAACUUUUUUGGUAAACAGUAUGAAAUUACAACUGUCAAACCUGCCAAACUAUUUUAUGGAACAUGGGAGAUAAAGAGCAUCAUGUUCAUUUUAGCGGUGGAAGUGGAUUUGGAAAAGAUAAUAAUAUUAUGAUACAGCCACAGCGACAUGGUCAUAUAGAUGCUCAUUUAGGGUUUUUGCAAUUGUAUCACAGAUAUCAUGUAGAAUUUUCAGUACCAUGGAACACAUGUAUUCAUCCAGAUGAAAAGACAGUAGCUCCAGCAGUAAUUGCAGGAAGUCACAAUGCAAAUUGUCAUAUUGUCGAUUUUGCACAAGAAAAAGAUGGCUUAAGGUUAAAAGUUGAGCUAUUGGCAUAUAAGGAGAAAAUAUUAAAAGAGGAUGUUGAAGUGAUGUGUUGUCCAUCAGGUACUCCAUUAAAAAUUGUACUGAAUGCACGUGUAUUAGCUAAAGAUAAGGGUACACCAUUGUUGAGAAACGGCAUACGCAGUAUUGCUGUAGAAGGAACCAGCGAAGAUGAGAUGUCUGAAUAAUGUUGCUUAUUAUCGAGCUGUCUUUCGCUGAUAAAUAUUUAAGCAUUUAAGUGCUGAAUACUAGUUCAAAUGAAUGAACAAUUCAGCAUAGCCAAAAGAUCUUGUAAUCAGACUACAGCGAACAUUGCAAUUGUAAAUGGCUAAGUUCCACGA